ACAGGACGGAAGGGUACCUUAUGAAAAAUAAUAUCUACGGGUUUGGGGGAUCAUCCGAACCAUCAUCCCCAGUGAGUACGCUAUCUUUCAAUAUACAAAAUCCGCCUACUCCUACAGGUCACCAGUCACCUUAUCCAUUCGUACAUCAUAACCUUGUCCAGGAUUUCAUGAGAAGUGGUGACGUUUGGUGUGACGACUGUGGUAAAAUAAUGAUGGCAUUGAGUGAGGAGUUAAUUACCGCUCAGUCGUGGCAACGCAUUAUUCGUCAACUUUAUGAAGAUUCGGGACUUAAAGGUGAACAGGCUGACACAGAGAUUAAGGUAGCGGAGAGCGACCACCCUCAUAACCUCCGAGAACAAAUCUUCCAAUGCUGUAACCAUUGGAGUGGUAUACAAAGGGCAUCACCAAACGUAUUGCGGCAAGUAUUGCUGAAGGAAGAUUGUAAAGUUAUCCUGAAAGUACUGCGAGAGAAAUUUCCAGAUGUUUUUCGUAUUGAAAGCUCUGUUUGACAAAGAAUGUCUUUCUUUAGAACACCAACAUUUUAGAAGAAUGUGAAUACCUUUGAAGUUUUGUAAUAUCAAAAAUGAACAGAUAUUUAAACAUUUGAGUAAUUUUGGUAGCGUUAAUUCAUUUUAAAGUGUGAACGUUGCAAUGUUCUACGUUAUUUCCUAAGUAACACACUCCUGUGUAAGAUUGCUUAAAAAAUAUGACCGAAUUAUAACCAAUCAAACAGUAUAGUGGUUAACGGGGGAUGGGGGUAACUCUUCGUUAACAUGUUUUGUAAACAGAUAGCUUGUUUGUAAAUAAAAUCUGCUUGUAAAUAUUA